AUGCGGGACCAAUUCAAGGUGAAUGUCAUCUCAAUUGAGUAUCCGGGCUAUGGCCUUCUACAGGGCAUCGAGCCCAAUGAAGAGACCAUUUUCGAAGUGGCCUUGACAGUCUUUAGAUAUCUGGUGGACGAGCUACGCGUCUCGUACUCCUCAGUGAUCGUCUUUGGGCGCUCCUUAGGCAGCGGCCCAGCGAUCUUCCUGGCCUCCCAGUAUCCCUUGGGCGGCAUGAUCUUGGUUUCGCCCUUCAUCUCCAUCCGAGCAGCUGCCCGACACAUCGGCGGGCGCCUGGUGGCUUUCAUGUUUAGCAAUGUCUUCCAGAACCACCGGAGGAUCGUGAAUGUCUCUUGCCCAGUGCUUUUCAUCCACGGGGCCAGCGACAGCCUGAUCCCUGUGGAACACUCCAAGACGUUGUUCGGCGUGUGCCGCUCGCGCAAGCUCCUGGUGACACCGGCGAAGAUGGAUCACAAUAGCAGCAUGUUUAGCGAUCCGAACUCCUUCGCCGUGCCGGCCAUCCACUUCUUCGGCUUCCCAGGCUGGCGCACCUUGACGCCACCCUUCAUGCCCUUCGAUCUCUUCGAAGCGCAUAAGAGCGACGAGCCCGCACUGAGAGAAGCAGCAGGCAAGAAAGGGGAGGGCCCUGAGUCCUGGCUCUACAACUGCUGCGGCAAGCUCUCGGAGGAAGCGACACUUGAAGCUGUUGAUCAGGGACGUGCAUCGGGCCAUGACGAGUUUUGCUUGACACUGACAAGGGAGUUGGAGAUGGCCCCUUUUUGGGGGAGCCAUCUCCAAAAUGUCACAGGCUUGGUCAGUGUUUGGGAGGUGGACACUUGCAUGGCCAUUGCGAGUGACCAAGUCCUGGUGCGGCAGGAGAAAACCCUCCAGGAAGAGUGCGUCCAAAACGACUAUGCCUCCACCGCUUUCGCAGAGGUGCUGCGAGCACCUUUGCUGCCAAUGGCGCUGCGCGCAGCCGCAGAUGAGGACGCGACGCUGGCAGAGCUCUUCAAGAGCCUCUUGAAACAGUUCGUGGCAUGGAUGGCGCACCGUCCACCCACUGCCAGUCUGUCCAGCUUGCGUGAUGCCCUCUUGGAGGUUGGCGGAAAACCAAUCUGA